AUGUGGACACUUAAAAAUUUCAAGAAACUUUUAGAAAAUAAUUCAGUAAACACUGCCUCGGACCUUUCUGUCUUUGUAAGGACAGGAGUACUGCCCAGUAAAAAGGAGCCGAUUUUACCUACUUGGGCGAUUGUCUUAAUUGCCAUCGGAUGUUCUCUGCUCAUUCUUGGGCUGAUCUAUAUCAUUCUAUGGAAGACUGGGUUCUUUGUUAGAAAAUACAAAGAGGAAAUGAAAGCUCGUAAGACGAACCCCGGGGAGCAUGUGUUUGAUAACCUGGCGAACGAAUGCGCAAAUGAGAAGGACCAAGCCGUUGAAAAUCCUAUGGAUACUAACAUUACAACUAACGAAGAAACUCCAACUGAAAGGAGAUACAAAGCAGCAGAUCAGCCUCAAACAUCAAAUCGGAGUGACUUAGUCAUUAGUGGAUUAAAACAAUUAGAGGCAGAAUUUGACGAACUUGAGUCACAUCUGUAUGACAAUUCUGAUUCACAAAUGGAAUCUUCAGACUACGUUCGUUUACACGAAGAAAGAAAUCCACACGGUUACUCCAAACUUGAUAAUGGAGGUGCUAGGACUGAGUUUUCUGAUUGUGCUCAGAUAAACCAUGUUAGUGAAAACCCAACCGAUCGUGAUCUUUUAGACGAUUCGUCACCACUGGAGAUCACCAGUCUUUGAAAAACCAAAGAAACAAAUGGUGAAAUAUAUUUUAGCAAUUUAGUGCUUCAUCAGCUAUGUAAUAAUCACUAUAAAAAAUUUUUUGGCAAGCAGUGCAUUUAUAACAAAUGCUUAUUGAAUAAGUUUUUAAGUAUGCUUCACAAAUGGAUUAAAUGUCUUCCGAACAAAUUUCUAUUAACCAAUUUAGUUUGUUUUAUUUUGUUUAAAAUAUUUAUUUUGGAUUAUUACACAUUUAUACAUCUACAGAAUGACGGCAAUUUUUCACUGACAUUGAGGCAUUUAAAUCUCGGAACACGAGUUCAGUACGUGGAAUUUUCAUUGCUAAGAUCUAACUAUUAAUGAAACUGAUAAAUGAAUAUAAAUUGUUUCCUUUAGAGAUGUAAUACUAAUAACCCCACAAUUUUAAUGUAUAUCGUUGUACAAAAUUUUCAUUGCUACUCCCACCCUUCUUCAAAGAAGCAAGAGUCUGAUAUUCAGGGAACAAGUCUAUUGAUAUUAAAACUUUAACUCACCCCCCUAAAUAAAGACACCAUCUUUUUUAAAUAGCAUUAACUCUCAAACCGAGUAAAAGAAUUUCUGUAUGAAGCAUUUAUGCACUGUUCAAGUAUAUUCAUAAACAUUUUAACACAAAAAAUAGU